AUGAAGACCGCCGCCAUUAUGUUUGUCUUCGCUGGCCUCUCAGCCGCAGAGGCGCCACAGGAGCACUCGCAUGAGGCCAUCGUGCAGGCCACUCAAGCGAUGUUGGAACUCAACAACCCGCUCCAGAUCGAGAACACCGUGUUUGGUCUGCUAGGCGACGCAGGCGCCAAGAGCGGUGCAGGCAAUGUCACAAAUCUGAAGUGCCUCCAACAGAACAUUGCCGAUCAGGCCUUCACUAAUGCCAAAGCUGCGAACAACGUGGCAGGCAUGGCAAACGCCCUCAUGUUCCGCGCCCUCGAGCGCAAUACGACCCCCGUCGGGGGCGCUUCCGAGGCCUGCGAUGAAACCGCCGCCAACCCUGAAAUCGCUGCUCUGAAGCAGCAUCAGGACCCAGCCUCACCUGAUGCAGCCGGCAACAAGCAGAUUGUUCUCGACCUUGCGACUCAGCUUCAGGCUGUCGGGGCAGACCCGAACUUGGCCAUCCAGACCGGCACUUUCCCUGCUGGCACUGUCGGCGACCCCACCGGCGACGGCUUCAUCUGCGACGACUCCGCCGACCCAGUGGGCUGCAUCUUCUCCACAAACAUGCUGGUGGCCGACGCCACCGAGGCCGAGAUAGCCUCCCACCUGGCAGGCGCCCAGGUGUCAGCCAACGUCGUCGCGGCGCAGGCCGAACAGGGGGACCUGGCGCAGCUCGCCGAGCUCGCGCAGACGGUCAACCUGACCAAGAAGGCGGCGGACCUCCAGGGCGAGGCCAACGCCAAGGGCACCAUCUUCACGCUCGGGGCGAAGGCGGCCGCUGCCCACCCGAACGCGGCGGACGCCCAGAAGGCGAUUGCUGCUGCGCUGUCGGCCAACGCGACGGUGGCUGCGGCUGCGGCGGAUGGGGUUACUGCGAAGUGCACGACCGCGGUGAGGCAGACUGUGCAGCAGUCUGGCAACUCUGGAGGCACGGCUGCGUUGGUUGAGAGUGAUGGGAUCGCUACAUGCGUGGGCGCCCAGCAAGUGGUUUAG